UUUUUUUUUUGCCGAAAUCAGAAAUUGUUCAUACUAUGUAUUUCUUUCACGCUAAACUAAACUAAACAAACAUUUAUGUUUUUUUUUUUUUUUCAUUUCAAUCUUCGGAUUUCAUAUUCCCCAUAUGAAAUUGUACCUACGUAGUACGAAAUGUCGUCCCUGUGUUCCUCGUUUCGAAUUCUGGCACCUCUUUGGUCCCACAAUUUAGUCCAUUGCAAGAGAAACAUUAGCUUCGUUACAACAACGGCCAUGUCCUCCUCUACCAGCGACAAUUCUGUUCCUAUUCCCAAACAAACUCAGUUACGUUAUGAUCCCUCGGAAGAGCUAUUCGGACUCGAUGUCGCUCCGAAGCCUAGGAAUGAUAGUUCUGGUGCUCCCAAACCACAGUCCUGGUAUGGUCCAAAUGGGCUGUACAUUAGAGAACUACCCUGCCCAAGUUGCCGGGGUAGAGGUUAUACUCCCUGUACAGAAUGUGGAAUAGAGAGAGCCAGAUUAGAUUGUUUACAAUGUAAUGGGAAGGGUAUAAUGACAUGUCAACAGUGUUUAGGAGAUUGCGUCAUAUGGGAAGAGUCGAUUGAUGAGCAACCAUGGGAGAAAGCUCGCUCAACUUCUCCACUCAAGGUAAAAGAAGAUGAUGAAGUUGACAAUUUGGAUAUAAAGUUGGGCAUGAAGAAGAAAUCAAAGCGUGUUUACCAAUCACUUCGUCCUGAAGUUGGACUUAAAAUUAGCCGAUCGCUGAAAAGUCUCAAUGCCAAAACAGGUAUAUUUAGCAAGAGAAUGAGGAUUAUCCAUCGCGAUCCUACACUUCAAGCACAAAGAGUGGCUGCAAUUAAGAAAGCCAAAGGAACUGCUGCAGCUCGAAGGCGUGCUUCUGAAGCUUUAAAAGCUUUCUUUAGUGAUCCAGAAAACCGUCGCAAGAGGAGCAUUGCCAUGAAAGGAGUAAAAUUUUACUGCAGAAACUGUGGACGUGAGGGACACAGGAGACACUACUGUCCAGAACUCAAGGAUAGUUUGAUAGGUAGACAGUUUAUGUGUCGGUUAUGUGGAGAAAAGGGCCACAACAGAAGAACCUGCCAAAAUUCAAUGUCCAGCAAUCAUGGGAAUGCAGUUACGAGGAACCAUCUUUGCAGAAUAUGUCGUCAAAGUGGUCACAAUCGCAGGACUUGCCCUCAAGUGACUGGGGUAAAGUUGAGUGGUACUCAUGCCAAAAGACACUUUCCUACAGGAAGCAGAACAUGCUCUAUGUGCCAAGAAAAAGGACACAAUAUUAGGACAUGCCCUCAGAGAAAUAUAAAUCCCUUGAUUAUUAAUCCUCAGUUUGAAGAAGGAAAGCAAAAUAAGCAAUGAACAGUUUCAAGGACCAAAGCAUCUUUAAUAAAUUUGUAUGGGAAACAGUAGACAGAAUUGGGAAAGGUUGCUCUUACACUCAGGUCACUGAUUGCCACCACCAGUAUGUUUUAUUAAACUCAUUGAUGCCAUUUGAGGUGCAAAUGUUUGGUUGAUCAUCAUUCUGUAGCAAAUUGAAAAUUACAGAGCUCUUAAGGCCUCUCUUCUAAUUUUGUAUUCCAAUUUCUGUUGUGAUUCUCAGACAGAAAUCAGAUUUUCUGUUAUUUACAAGAUCAAAAAGAAGGUACUGCAUUAUUUCCUUUUUUACC